AUGAUAUUGAUAAACCCAGAUUUUAUAAUUUUCCUGAUACAAGAAACUACAAACGAAGAUUUAAUUUUAGUAAAUGAUAGUAGUACAAAUCAUACAUUUUUUCAUAAUUACCCUUCCAAUCCACAUAUUCAUGCUGUUCGGGUGUUUAGUGGCAAAAAUUAUUCACAAUCAUAUAAAAUUAUAUCUCUUGGAAGAUAUCCUACAAAAGUGAAAUAUACUAAAAAAGAAAAAGUGGUAGCUCAUAAGAUUCCAGAUAAUUAUCAAAUAGAAACAAUGUUAAAUAGAUUAACAGUUUUAUGUAAAACACAGUAUCAAUUUUCACGUAAAGUUACUGUUAAAUAUACCAUUGAACGGGUGGAUGAAAAUGGUCAAAAAGAAUCAAGAUACAGUUUAUCAUCAGCUGGGUCUGCAAGUUCCUUAUUUCUAAAUAAAAUAUGCAAUAAGCCUACUUCACAUGUUUCUGGUACAAUACUUUUCAGAUCACAAAAAAAUAAGCGAAUUUCAAUAGUUGGAAAAGAUAUUGCAACACAAACUAUGAAAAUUCUUAAAGAAAAUAGAUUUAUAUUUACAUCUGAAGAAAUUAUUGCAACUGUUGAAUCAAUAAUACUUAGGAUUAACAGUGAAAUUGUUGAAUUACAUUUUGAUUUUAAUAAUACAGCUGAUGAUGACAUUAAACAUUUAGAUUCAAUUGUUCGUGCAUGUGAUGAAACAUUAAUUUCACGUGAUGGGUAUCGCAGAUUAGCACAAGCUAUUCCUAAUUUAACAAGAGAACAUGUAAUUGAAAAACGCCAAAAUGAAAUUACAAAAUCAAUAAAAAUACUUGUCCCCAUUAAAUCAUUUAAUAUUUGUAGUGCUGCUAUUAAUAAUUAUGGAGAUGAGAGUCAGCAAAAUAUUAGUGAAGUAGAAUUUGAUGAUGAAGAAGUGGGAAAUGGUGCUUACCAUUCUACUACAUCUCUAUUAGAUAUUAUAGUUCCAAUCUUGGCUACUUCAACAUCUCCUGUAUUAAAAAUUGGUAAUAAAAUUAAUAUAAGAAUAAGUGAAAAUGGAAGAAAUGUGAGGUGCAAGCAAAAACAUGUUAUGCUUACUAUGUGCAUUCUUAAUGAAGGUGAAAUGGUUUUGAAUCCUACACAUCAAUACAAUAAAGUAGGAAAAGAAUCUUAUGAUUCCUUGUCUACAGUAUUAGCUAUAUUUUCACAAGAACUUAAACAAUUAAAAACAAAUGGAUAUAAGGCUUCAAAUAGUUGA